CUUGCGUUGGACUGGAUUCGUUUUACUCCGGUACGGACCGACAACGGCGGAGGCUUUUUUCUCGGUGGAAUUACCAUUAUACCCUCACUCUCUCUCGACGCCGUCACUUGACGCCGCCUAACUCCCGUCAACCACCAGUUUCCGUACAGAACUGCCCCCUCCUCUCCUUUUCCCACACACACCUACCCCCCAUUUCACCUCACCUGCUCCUGUCUCUCUCCUCUCUGCCAAAAGCUUUGCUUGCUUCUCUCUCUCUGAACUUCGCCUUUCUAAAAUCUAGAGAACUGAGCCGGAUUGCGUUUUACAAUUCGGCUCCACCGGUACUCGCAUGAGAGAGUCGAGUUCGAUUUGGGGACUAUGAUUCUUUGGUCAUGCAUUUGAAAUGAGGAUGUAACCUUUCUUUUUCUCUCUAGGGUUUUCAGUAUUCCUCCCUCUUCUUCUUCAAUGGCUUUGAGAGGUGUCGAUUUCAAGUGGUAUGAUGGGUUCUUCUUAUCGAUGCUCGCAACAAGUGUAAUCAUUGUUGCCAUCAACUGGAAGCGCUAUCAUCUUUGUACAUACCCAUUGCACAUAUGGAUUGUGGUUGAUUACACUACGGUGUUUGUUUUCCGCUUGCUGAUGUUCAUAGAUAAUGGACUUGCUGCAGGAAUGGGCUUAGAUUUUGGACCGCAGCAGAGAUAUGCUCGUUUUUGCGGGAGAAUGGUUGUUCUUUCAAUCCUAUCUCUGCUUCUUUAUCCAUUUCUUUGGGCCUGGACUAUAAUUGGUACCUUGUGGUUUACAAGUGCAAGAGAUUGUCUACCAGAAGAAGGUCAAAAGUGGGGUUUCCUUAUUUGGUUGCUUUUCAGCUACUGUGGGCUUCUUUGCAUUGCUUGCAUGUCUAUGGGCAAGUGGUUGACACGAAGACAAGCACACAUGCAUCGUGCUCAGCAGGGAAUUCCUAUUUCAGAAUAUGGGGUUUUAGUUGACAUGAUCCGGGUACCAGAUUGGGCAUUUGAAGCAGCAGGCCAGGAGAUGAGAGGCAUGGGGCAAGAUGCCGCUGCAUUUCAACCUGGUCUCUAUUUGACCCCAGCUCAGAGAGAAGCAGUGGAGGCUCUGAUUCAGGAACUUCCUAAGUUCGUGCUGAAGGCUGUUCCAACCGAGUGUAAUGAAUGCCCCAUAUGCUUAGAAGAGUUUCAUGUUGGAAAUGAGGUUCGAGGCUUGCCUUGUGCUCACAAUUUCCAUGUACCCUGCAUUGAUCGAUGGCUUCGGCUAAAUGUGAAAUGUCCUCGGUGUCGUUGCUCAGUCUUCCCGAACCUGGACCUUAGUGCCUUGUCAAACCUCCGGAGUGCUGAUUCUGAAAGAUCGUCUGCUAGUGCCGGUGUUGCGACGGCAACCCGAUAUGUGAGAAGCCAACCUUCCAGCCAGAGUUAUCUGUUGAGAUUGCAGGGCUUUCUUCGCCCAGUUCGUACGGAAAAUACUGGGGCACCCAGUGAUUCAGAUAUUGCUUUGGAAACUGCUGAAAAUGGAGGUAGUGUUGCUGCUGUAACUCAUGAUCCUGGUGGUUCGGAGUCAUUUCCUUCUGUUGGUCAAUCCAUAUCCAUCUCUCAACAACGCUGAAAUAGUGCAGAGCUGUUUCUUGGAGUCUUGCUGACAAAAUUACAAAACUUUCUGACACAGCUGAGAGAAGCUAAUAUGAAAUUGUAAAUGAUUUUGCAUAAUGCUUUUGUCAGUGUCUUCACUGUAACUGAAAGAUUAAUCAAACCCAAAAAUCCCCAUAGCUGGUGGUGUUCUGAGAACAAAUACGGUAACAAUACCUUGUGUAUUUGGGAACAAGUAGAAUUACGCAACUUUCUCUCUCUGUUACUCUGUUUGAAAUAUUGAAUACAUCAAAAAUAGGAGAAUGAUGUCGAAUGCCCA